UCCGCCCCUACUUCAUCAUAAGACCUGGGGUCGAAGCGUCUGUAGGCUUACCUAGCCAUAACUGUCCGCGGUGUCCAGCUUCUUCUCUCAUCCUGUCCCACUCCUCCGAGAGUUUGGUUGCCGGUUGCCGGUUGCCGGUUGCUGUUACGUCCCUACGAAGAGGAUCAUGCUGUUCCGCUGCUGUCUUCCUCUCCACCUCCACCUUCCCUUUACCCUACUCUGCCUCUUAAUGAGACCCCUCGGUCUCAAUGCAUUGAGUCUCACUUUGAAAGACUCCAACAAUGCCACUUGCCUGUAUGCGCAAUGGAAAAUGAAUUUCACAAUAGAAUAUGAAACUGCAAACAACGGCCUAAAAAAUGUAACAAUUCAGGUUCCCAGCAGCGCAUCAUUCAGCGGAAGUGAUUGUGGGACUGAGGAGAAUGUUCCCCAAAUUGCAGUCCAGUUUGGAUCAGGUUUCUUUUGGAGUGUGAACUUUACCAGAGCCAUUUCUACUUAUUUCAUUGACUUCAUCUCCUUUUCCUAUGACACCAGCGAUAAUGCCACUUUUCCUGAUGCCAAAGAAAAAGGAAAAAUUUAUACUGCUUUUGCAGUCAACGACAUUGAGGUUCCGUUGGAUCAACUCUUUAAAUGUUGUAGCUUACUGAUGACAAAAGAAGGAAACGUCAUUCACUCCUAUUGGGAUGUCCUUGUACAAGCUUUUGUCCAGAAAAACACAAUCAGCACAAAAGAGUAUGUCUGUGGCAAAGAUAGACUUCUGUCAACUGUAUUGGCGACCACUUCUUCUCCUGUGCCUUUGCCCACUGCAAAACCCAUCCCAAAAGAAAAACCCCAUCCCGGAACCUAUUCUGUCAAAAAUGGGAGCUGUAUUUGUCUCUUGGCCACCAUGGGGCUGCAGCUGAAUAUCACCAAAAAUAAGGGUACUUCGCUUAAGAACCUUAACCCCAAUACAACGGAUUAUGAUGGUGUGUGUCUUAAGGAAUCAGCUCUGCUUUGGUUGAAUGAUAGCAACCUGGGGUUUCUUGAACUUCUCUUUGCUAUAAAAAAUGGAAACCGGUUCUAUCUGAAAGGGGUGAAUGUCAGCUUGACUUUUGUAAACGGUUCUGAUUUCGUUGCCGUGAAUAACAACCUUAACUGUUGGGAUGCCCCAAUAGGAAGCUCUUACAUGUGCAUCAAAGAGGAUUCUAUUCCAGUUUCUGACACAUUUCAAAUAAAUACUUUUGAUCUAAGGGUGCAGCCUUUCAAUGUGGUGGAAGGAAAGUAUUCUACAGCCCAGGAGUGCUCACAGGAUGAUGACAGCAUUCUAAUACCAGUUAUAGUUGGUUCCGGGCUUGCGGGCUUGAUUCUCAUUAUAGUGGUUGCUUACCUAAUUGGCAGAAGAAAAACCUAUGCCGGAUAUCAGACCUUGUAAAAUGAAACACUGUUUACAUUACAGGAUGAUGAAGCAAGUGCAAGUUCCCAAAUUAAACACCCUUCCGUUAAGAUACCCUUAAGAGCGAUUGAAACAAAGAACAACAGUAACAAAAACCAAAAGAAAAUGCAUGAUCAUGUGGCUUUACUUUCCCAACUAAGAAACGAACCCAUUGGAUCUUUGUUCUUCAUCCAAAAAUAGGGAGAGAGAAAAGAAAGAGAGAAGCAUCAAAAGGAUCAAAGAUCUGAUUUUUGUAUUAUUGGUAUUAUGUCAAUGUUUGAGCUUUAUACUUCUAUGAUUAGAGAUAAGGAAAAUGUUUACUAGUAAAAGGAAUUCCCUAUGUUUAGCGAGCUCUGGGACGUCUUUUCUCUCCCCUCUCUUGUCCACCGAAUUUGUACUUGCUUCUGUAUUUUGUUGAUGACCUGUGAAGAUUAACUUACGCUGCCUUUGCUAAUUCUCUCUGUCUUGAUCUUUGAAAUAUUCGUGAAUGGAUUUGGCCAGUGCCUAGAAUGAUCGCCUUCUUAGCACUGGAAUGUUUUCUUGAAAAAGAAACCCAUUUCGAAUGUGUUUGUUUACUGUGGCUGUAAUAACUAGAGGUACAGAAAUGCUUCAUUUUCUCUUCUUCCUGUCCUCUCUCCCUCCCUCCUGCUCACUUCCCACUUCUCCCUUUAUUACUGUGGUUUCUUUUUUUUAUCUUUUGUCUUAAACAAACUAACUACUGGGUUGUGUUGAAAGUGCCAAAUUCCAACUUAGUCCUUUCAGUCCUAUCGUCUUGGUACUCAUUAGUACUCUCCGGACCAGAGAUUUCUAUCUACAAUCAUAAAAUUAACACAGGUUCUUUUUUGGCUGUCGUAGUUUCCUUGCUGGUAUUGGGUUGAAAAGGGGAAGGUCCGUUUGAUUGAUUAGCUUGGCAUCUAGAUAUCAGAGUGCCCUUACCUUUCAGAUGUAUGUGUAGCAUCUUAUGUGGGGCCCCAGUGUCACUGUUCCCUUGGAGGAGCGCCUGUCCCAAAAGAUGCUCUCAUCUCUGUUUCUGAGCUGGCAUGAUUUGUUGCUUGACCUUUUGGAUCUUUAACUAUCUCCCCCAUCUCCCUCUCCUACAUUUAAAUGAUUCAGUGCUCAUCAGAACUUGAUUUGUGGUUGAUUCUGAUGGCAGAGUCCAUUUGAUCUAUUUUGGACCCACUUGUGUGCCCUGUGAUGAGAUGUGCCAAUUGUCUACUCCUGGGCAGGACCUAAUAUUUGUGAGGAAUGAGUUGGGGUGGGAUACAUGGUCUGAGGUAGAGCGAAACACUGGAACUUGACAGGGGCAAAGAGCACACAAGUUGGUGGCCAAAAUAGAGCAUGCUUUUUACUUGUUUUUCAGAGAGGAAGGAAGACAUUCUGAUGAUGCGAUAGGCCACCACUCUAAUGUAGAUUUGUUAUUUUUAUUUUUUGCAGUCCAGUCAUCAUCAGUGAUACUGGCGGGGACUUAAAUGUCACAGAUCUUGACUGCACUAUAUAUGCAGGAUGUCCCAAAAGUCUCUGUGCAGUUUUAAGGUAUUUGAAACUGCACAGACUUUUGGGUCCCUCUGUAUAUGGAGAGAGAGUGGGAAGAAAUUGAGGGAUUUGAGAUUGAGAGACAGAGAGACAGAAACUAAGGGAUUUCCCCAGACACCUACCCAGUAGUAGUCCCUCCAUGCCCAGUCUAGCUCUAACAAGCCACUUGAAGUGAUGGCUCUUUUCUUCCUCAACGUUGGCUUAGUUGGCUCUUUCACCCAGCUGGUACCGAAUUGGCUCGAUACUUAGUUUAGGACUGUACGGAACUGCAGCUUCAUGGGUUUAAACACUUUUUAAAGAUAAAAUAUAAACUUAGUUACAAAGAGUGCAGAUUACUAUUUUCUUUAUUGGUCAGCAUGAAAAGACAUCUGAAAGUCCUGUCGGGAGUUCUUACUCUACAAUCCUGUUUAAAUAUUGUUGGCACAAUAAGGAUAGACAAUGCACAAAAGACUUUGGAUCUUCAUUUCCAAACUGAAGCUUUUAUAGAUUAGAAGCACAGGAGCAAGACAUUGGACUCCCCAGCUGAAGCAAUGUUUAGAUCUCCGCAUUAUAUCCCUGCUUUGCAUUUUUAAAAUACCUCUAAUUACUACUGUCUUGUAGAAGGGCUGACUGCCAUCUCAUUGACUUUCUUCUUCUAUGUGAAUCGGUUCAAAUGUAGUUAUUUCAGCUGUUCUUCUGUGGAGCCGUGUCCUUGGCACCUUGUCCCAUCUGAGCUUGAACUGAACGCCAAACUUGAGUGUAGUCCAUACCUUCGUGGUAAUUAACCAGGACUUAAAAGAAGGUUUAUGAGAGAAAAAACUGGUCCGUGUCGAUAUUUUUUCAUAUGGGCUUUGCUUAGACCACUCUCAAUUUAAUCCACAUAUUGCUUUGAAAAGUAAAAGCAACUUAGUCACAUUUUUAUAAUGGUUCAAUCCGAGGUUUCUCUUUCUAAAGGAGAAACUUGAAUUCCUUCUUGGCUGAAGUAAGAUCAAAUUAUUCUCUCGCUGAUGCCUACUUUCUUCUCAUCCUCCCUUCCCUUUUCCUGCUUUCUUCAUGUUAUAGUGAGUUGCUAGAUGAAUGAAGUUUCUAUAUUCCUUAUCCUGAUGGAUAAAGUUAUACAGCAGGAGAAUUUAUUGGUGUCAAGGUUGUCAGGUCCAGAUGGGGGGGGGGGUAGGACAUAGGGUACCUUGGUUCAUUAGCAUUGAAUUUUUUUUUCUUUGGAAGUUAGGGUGUAAAGCAUGUACAACGGAAACACUGCUGGAUUUAAAGUCUAAAGAGCUAGGUUCAAAUCUUGGCUGUACCACUUGUUAGUGGUGUGUCCUUGGGCAAGUCACUUAAAUUCCCUGGGCCUCAAUUUCCUCCUCUGUCAAAGGAAGAGGAUUGGACUAGAUGACCUCUAUAGUCCCUUUCAGCUCUAAUUCUAUGAUCCUCAGUUUCUGAGCCCCAUCACCCCAUGAACCUUUCCCAAACCAAGGUGGGCGGCUAAUCCUUGUCUUCACUUUCUCUUCUACCACUUGGACUUAUCAAAAGCCAUAGGUUCUUUUGAGGGUUAGUUGUGAUGAUUUAUAACGGUACAAAUGGCAAACUGUUUCUCUUCAAGUACGCAGAGCUUGUCUGCACCUUUGACCAAAAGUAGCUCUUCUGCUUUUACAUCUCCUUUCUUUUACUUCUCAGGUUGAUCAUGGUCUAUUGAUGUCUAGGGAGAACUGCUUGUUCUGAAGCCCAGGGUAGGUCAGAACCAUGAAAGUUCUUCGUAAGUGGUCUUUAUUUCCAUAUUAUACAUAACAUUGUCAUUUACUUCUCAGUUCUUUUGAAAAGAAUUAAGCCUUCUAAGUUUGAGAUGCAAAAGUUAUCUCAUUUGAUUGUUAGAGACAUUUUCUUCGUGACUCAAUCAAUUGCAUUUUCUCCAUUUUGCUAUAGCCAAGCCUUUUGUGAAGAGCUGAUCGGCCUGACUCCUGACUGCACCAAAUAGGUGUUUGCUGUGAAUAAAUCACUUGCCCCUCUUAGGUCCUCAGUUUUCUCUUCUGUAAAAUGAGAAGGUGGACUGGACAGUGAUCUCUUUGGUCCCCCUUCCAGCUCUGGGUCUUGGAUUUUCCUUUUGCUUUGUGGGAUGCUUAAUUUUCAUUGAAGUGUGAUCCAAGCAUUCUCAGCUCCAAACAGGCUGAGCUAUUUAGUGACUCACCCUUUGUCUUCUAUCAUGAUGCAAUAGGAAAAGGCAGCAUCUUUAAUCAAUCUCCUGCUUACUGUUUUACAGAGCCAGCGUAUUUCAGUAUUUCAUUUUUCUCUAAGAAGGCCAUUUCAGAACUUCUACUUCAUUUGUCACAAACUGUCUAUAUCCAUCAAUAAAAACGUUUUCUUCUUGGGCAUCAGGAAAGAACUGAGCCGGUGUCAGAUUAUUUUUUUCCAUGCCAAGCAGCAGGACAGAUGUCCUGAGAACGGGCCAAUAAUGUUGCGAAUUAUAGUUAUCACACCAAAAUGUUAUUCUUCAUGCAAGAUUCUCAGGGAUAGCUUGAUAUCAGAGAUGGGUAUGUAAGUGGGUAGAGGAAAUUUUUGGAGUUGUAACAAAUCUGAACCAGAACAGUUUCUUCUUCCUGGACCAGUAGUUUUACAUCACAGCAGUCACAUUGAACGCUUGACUUCAAAGCAUCCUUUAAUUUUGUAGCAUUUUAGGAGCAACAAUUGGAAGAAUCUAGUUCAAACUUAUGCUUAAAUCUCAGCUGCAAAGCUUUUUCUUCUGCCUUGCCUACUAGCCUAGCAGGUGUGUUUUAACAAUAUCCAGCUCACCUUUGCCCUGUAACUUUGCUUUGGGGAAAUGGAGAGAUCCGUAUUGCUUUUGUGAUUUGUGAAUUAAUCCCAAAGUAAAUUUUUUGUCUUCUUUUCAGCAUUAGGGGAUGCUAAGCCCUCAGCUGGUGGCGGGUCAUCGAGAGACUUUCAGAAUGAAAUUAACAUUGAUUUAGGUUGCUUUCUUGUUAAAAUAAUGGCCUUUCCUUUGCUUUUAGAACUGCUGAAGUCAAUUUGAAUUAUGUGCAAUACAAUAUUGGGUUCUAAUAAAACCUUUUCCCCGAAGUCAAGAGCUUCCCAAACUUAGUUUUUUCUUCUAGUCAAGAGCAUUUGAAAUAGCCCAGAAAGUUCUUUCUUGAUGCUUUGUUGCCUGAAUUGCCUUUUUGAUCUAGUUUAUUUGUUUAUGGCUUUUAGAUGAAAAUGAAAUUGCUGAUAUUGGUAGUUAUGAGUAAAAUAGCUAAUUCUGGAGGAAGGCUAAUAUGGAUCGGCACUUAAUUUUGCCAGCAAAACAGAAGAACUCAGAUUGUGUCACGGCUCAGGUUUGCCACUUCAUGACAAGAGAACGAUGUAUAGGCAGAUGUUAGCAAGCAGCUGAGUAAGAAUUUGAGUCAGAGAAGGAGUGGAGAAGAUGAAGUGCUCAGCAGCUCUUCACUGAUUUGGCACCCUUAGUUUGUCUGUAACAGAUGAAAAGGGAGGCAAUUUUCAAUUAAGACACCUGAUUCCUAGGAAUGCAAUAGCUGAUGCCUUUGCUCGGCCAGUUGCCUCUAGUUUUAUUGACAAUUCGAACGAGCAUUCUUAUUUAUUUCUAAAAUAAAAGCAAAUUAGAAAUAGCAGAUUAGAAGGUAGGUGGAAGGGUUGUUCGAAACAAACGAACUGAAGGCAAGAAAACUGACAGUUGAUAAUCUAAUAGGGAAGAAGACAGGAAUUCCCACUGCACAGUAGUUAGAGGCCAUUUAGUGUAUGGUAGCCCUGUAGACCUCAGUGUCUCUUUGGGCAUCACCAUUACAGCCCAGGAUGAUGCUUGUUCACAAUAAAAGCUCACUCUCUCCCCCCACCCAGAAAGGUUUUGUUACCUUCCAUUUUUCCUUUACUAAGGCAGGGAAGAGUAGAAAUGUAUGACUUUAUUUUUAAAAGAAGACUUGCUGCUUAUAGGCCUUGUUUCAGUUAUUGGAGAAAAUUCACUUCCCUGAAACGAUUCAUUCCAGAAUGAUGCCAGGUAAAUGAGGUGUAACUGAUGUAAAAAAACAAGCCCAAGAACAGAUGAUAAAACACUUUUCUCAAGAGAGAAGCAGGGAGGGGAAUGUUGCCAUGUCUGUGUUACUUACAAAAAUAAAGUGGGGGCAGAGCAGGGUCCUAUAUUUAAACUGUUUUUAUAAGAAGAAAAACAAAAGCAAAAACCACCCCACAAACGAAAAGAAAUCAGUGAUUUCUAUUUUUAAAAUUAAAGCAAAAUUGAAUAUUCUGACAUGAUUUGACAACUUUUCGCUCAAUUUUGAUUUUGAUUGGUUUUCAGUUCUUUUUUUUCUCUCCAACUUCCCCUUUUUCCCUAGCUGAAGACUGCCGUGCAGACCAUGACCGCUUCGUUGUACCGAUAGCAGUGGGAACAUCCUUGGGAGGAUUAGUUAUACUGGUGCUUUUGGUUUAUGUUAUUGGUCACAGAUGCCAGAGUGUCAGAUAUGAGCAAGUUUAGCGCCUGGAUUGGCCCUGUCCUAAUUUAGUGGUGUUUUUGCCAUAUUAUUGAGAGUGAUUUUUAAGUUGAAGCUUAAGUGAUUUUUAGUUGAAGCUAUCUUUUGGGAGAACAGCAGACCCAACAUUUUAAGAAGGAAUAUUUCUAAUGCGAUUGCAAAUCAGAAUUAUGCUUUCACUGGCCCUUGGAUAGAAGCUUCAGUUCAAGAGCUUGUCCACACCCGAUGCUGAAAUGACUACUUCUACAAUCUUAGUCAAGCUUCUAUCAGAAGUUCAAGUGCCUUAAAACUAUUCUAGACAUGGGCAUCAUUUGAAUAAAAUAUGUACUUGUGUAAAAAUGAAAUGAUAGGCUUGUUUACUUAGCAGUAUUUCCAUGUAUUGAUGUUUAAGCUCUUUGUGAUUAAAGCUUUAUUGCUGUGCUUUCUA